AUGUUUGAGAUGGAGCUUCCCGUCGUCUGUGACGGACAAGUUCAUCUAGGAGAAUUGUUGUCCAGGGUAGCGCAAGCGACCUAUGCUGAACUGGUCGAACUCGCAGAGACUUUGCCCAACAUGUCGGAUGCCGCACGAAAGCGGACAUUGGCUGACUGGGUGGUGAAGACGAAGAAGCAGGUCGUCAAAUUGUACGCUGUCAUGAAAUGGGCACGGGACGCGGACACCGUCCAGACAUGCAUGAAUAUAACUGCGUUUUUAAUGAAUCAGAACCAGCAGUUCCUGGAUGUCAUUGACCGCCUGACUUACGCAAAAGAGAGCUUGGAUCCUGCGAGACUUCGAAACCACGAUCUUCUCACCUCUCUUGACGUGCUAACCUCAGGGACCUACAAGAGAUUGCCGUCCGCGAUCAAGAAAUCCUUCAUUCCCGUCCCCCCUCUGACGGAUGCCGAGGUAAUAAAAACUUUGAAUGCCAUGGAGGAUACAAUCCGCUAUCGCCUCCGAAUGACCGAGAUAAUACCCAUUGAGAUGUCUCAACACCGAAUUGCCGGUGGUAGGGUACAUUUCAUUGUGCCAAAACUAUUCGAAACCUCCAUAUGUUUGCGUGGCGCCGAAAAAGACGAUGGGUGGUUCUUCGUUGGUGUAAAGUUUCUCUUUAAAGUGGGGGGCGAUACGACCGGAAAUCGAGAAUUCCCACAAGAGCCCACUGGAAUACUGAAACGACAUAUUGCCGAUGAAGCUGAUGCACAGGUGCUGUCAAACAUCGAGAAGCCCGAAAGACCCAAGCUUCCGGAGGGAACAGUUGACGCACCGCUCGUGCGAUUGUACAAUUUUCUCCAGAUGAUGUCUCUGUCUUACCAGCUUGAGAUAUUAUGGUACCAGGCGCAACGAAUGCGUUCUCUAGGAUGGGCUGAUUAUCUCAGAGUAGAAAUGCUUAAUAACCGCAAAACCUUGUCAGUGUCUUACUGGUUGCGCCCAACACCUCAAAGCAUCCCAGGACGUUCCCAAAUGCAGAGUCGUAUAAAAUUGCCUCCUCAUGGAGGUACCCUAACUAUUUCCAUUACGGAAAGUCGGGCCACCCGAAAAGCUGGAGGCGGACCUGCACGAACGCCAGUUGCACGAAUGCUUGCAGACCUACAACAGGAAGCCAAGUCUAGUGACGCCCAUCCAUCAGAUGAAGCUGAGGGGUUGAUAUUUGAUGUUCGGUGGGAACCUAUGAAAGGGACUCUUGGUGUAAUCAUUAACCAGGAGGAAGUGUUGGCCACGGACUCAAAAGACCUCGACUUUGAGGGCAUGCUUGUCCGAGUCAUCCAUGCACAUACAAGGUCAAUUCUCUUGUACUUUCAGUCCCAACUACAGAACGGGCCCACAAGGAACGUGUUUUCGCCUGAAGGAAAGGUCAUAUUGGAUUCGCGAGGCGACUAUCACCAACUUCGCGUCCACUUAUGCGCAGAUGAAGUGGCUUGUCGUAUGAACUUACGGGAUACUGGCGACCUUGCUGCUGCUGGUCGUUGGCCUCGUUUUGCAACAAUAACAGACGGUCUCAAUGAGAAUCCUAAUAUGUUACUCGAAGCCCUUAGCCUACUUCGACUAUAUACGAUCACAGACUCGGUUGAGCAGAAGGCAAAAUACCUUGGUUUCCAGGUCUUCCGACAUCGCAAUUUUUCCAAGGAGGAAAUCCAAAAACUGGGGCCCACUGCUAGGGGAACAAUAUACAUCCAGCUGGCAAGGUUCCCAACUCAUUAUCUCGUUCUCGUCAUUACCGAAGAAGAUUUCCGAUAUGCCCUUAUUUCCGUUAAAGUCCUGACUGACAGUAUGUUCGCCAACAUGAUUAUGGAGGAUAUCGGCUGGUUAGAUGUCCGACGUAUACGGGGUGAUCGAGGUGUCGGGUCCCCGGGGGAUAUCAUGAUAAGUCCCUUGAUUAGCCAAGUCGGCCAACGGAGGAGACGCCAUGUGGGUGCUUCGGCUCAGGAUGUACUAAGAGAAGACAGUUUCAACCUGGAUACCCAGACUCUGAGGGAACUCUACGCGUACUGUUGUGCCCGUGUCGCUUAUACGAGAGUUGAACUCCAACUCAAACGUCGUGGCAUCCCAUACAUUCAUGUCAACCCUGCAAACAGUCUUCCUCCAUCAGAACUUUCCCACAUUCAGUCGUCCCUUGCUUGCUCUGUGCCCGCUCUAUGUGUUCAGUCGUCGGACAUUCUCUCCGGAGCACCCGCCGCUGAGGCGGCAAUGCCAAACAUCCGUGUCAUACCGCUCAACUGGUGGUCAGACAAGAAAGCGCAGGUUGUCACAUGUGUGAAGCUCAAAUACGUCCAGCAACCUGUUGGCAAACGAGCCGCGGCAAGAGCGACCAACAACAUUAUUCGACCUUCUAAGAGAAUAGUAUACGAUGCUACGGAGGCCGUCGUGUCUUUCUUAUCUGAAAACGUGGACACCUGUGUAGACGAAUUCCUCGAGGAAUGGGCACGGGUAUCCAAAAUGGUUGUCAUCGCUCGCGAAGUCGCUCGGAUGGGUAAGGAAAGGAAGUGGCAGGACGUCCGGCUUCUCUCUUUUGAUCUCCAAACGGUUGAAUUUGCCUAUGCGGCGGAUUACACUGUAUCCAUCAGUUGCACAGACCAGUUAUCACCGACUGGAGGUUCCUUUGAGCUGCGCUUUUCACGCAGCGCUCCGACAUUUCGUCCGACACAGCCAGCAUCACUUGCGCCUCCACCUAUACCAGUUUCAUUGCGACAACCACGGACCAACCCUCACGAAGAAGCAGAACCAUAUCUGCGACAGAUUCUACGUUAUGGAUCUUUAGCGACGUCCUUGUACCGCCUGGUGGGGCUGCUGCGUGAUACGCUUCCAGCGGUUGCAGAGCUUGACCAUAUGAUAGCGGCUGCCAAAGAGCUGGCUGGACGGGAUAGAUCUAACAGCGGCGCCGACGAUCCAUGGUUCGACGCCUUUGUUAAAGGCUUGGGAUGGUGGAGAGUGCUAUAUGGCGAUCUAAGGCACGCCCUUGAUCUUAGAUUAAUGACCAACAAGCGUAUCGUUAUUCUGGAUGCAUCACGUUCGCUCUUUCAGCAGUCGCUUGCUCCUCAGACCGAAGAAGUCACUGAGUUGCUGACAUUCCAACCCAUCCCCGAUUUCCGUGAUCUCGUUACGGAGGCUGUGCGUGCUGCGCGACCACCAGGGGUCGCCAACGAGGAGCGAGUAGCAAUGAUUGAUAUCGGAGUGGUUUGUGAAGGAGGAUCAGUUGGACCUGUGCUGAGGGCGUUGCAUGAGCGGGUGCUGAAGAAGCUGAAAGAAUAG